UGCUGCAGCCGCAGAGCAGGGCCGGGGGCGGCCAGGCCGGAGGGAGGCGGCGGCGGCGGCGGCGCGGGGGGCCGGCGGACCCCGGCCCGGACAGGCGGGCAUGUCUCCGCGCCGCACCGACAGGAGCACCCAGCAGCCUCCCCUACGAUGAUCCCCCCAGCAAGCAGCACCCCUCCCCCGGGGGACGCCCUCCUCCAGGCCUGGGCACCCCAGGACCUGUGGAGGUCCCAUGUCUCAGGCUCCGUGAGUCAGCACAUUAGCCAUCGGGCCAACAACUUCAAGCGGCACCCCAAGAGGAGGAAGUGCAUUGGGCCCUCCCCGCCCCCACCCCCCAACACCCCCUGUCCCAUCGAGCUGGUGGACUUCGGGGACUUGCCCCCACAUCGCUCAUUCCGGGAGCUGCUGUCCAACGGCUGCAUCCUGUUUGGCAUCGAGUUCAGCUACGCCAUGGAGACGGCCUACGUGACGCCUGUGCUGCUGCAGAUGGGCCUCCCGGACCAGCUCUACAGCCUCGUGUGGUUCAUCAGCCCCAUCCUCGGCUUCCUGCUGCAACCUCUGUUGGGUGCUUGGAGUGACCGAUGUACCUCAAGGUUUGGAAGGAGGCGCCCUUUCAUUCUUGUCCUGGCCAUAGGGGUGCUGCUGGGCCUCUCGCUCCUGCUCAAUGGCAGGGACAUGGGCGCGGCGCUGGCGGACACAGCUGCGUCCCACAAGUGGGGGAUCCUCUUCACCGUGUGUGGGGUGGUGCUGAUGGACUUCAGCGCCGACUCGGCCGACAACCCCAGCCACGCCUACAUGAUGGACGUGUGCAGCCCCGCGGACCAGGACCGUGGCCUCAACAUCCACGCGCUCCUGGCAGGUCUCGGAGGCGGCUUCGGCUACGUGGUCGGGGGCAUCCACUGGGACAGAACCAGUUUCGGGCGCGCGCUGGGCGGGCAGCUCCGGGUCAUCUACGUCUUCACGGCCAUCACCCUGAGCAUCACCACGGUGCUCACGCUGCUCAGCAUCCCCGAGAGACCCUUGAGGCCCCCGGGGAACAAGCGCCCGGCCAUGAAGAGCCCCAGCCUGCCCCUGCCCCCGUCGCCACCCGUGCUGGCCGAGGAGCGGCCGUGCGAGCCUCGGGCCUGCCCCUGCCCGUGCCCAGGCCCCGGCCCAUGCCAGGCAUUGGGCCCGGGGCUCCCACCCAGCCUCUCGGGGCCCGAGUCACCUCUAAGUCCGCUCACGCCCCGCUACGGCAGCUUCCUGAGCCGGGACAGCUCCCUGACCGGUCUCAGUGACUUCGCCUCGUCCCUGGGAGCUGCAGACCUGGACGCAUUGCUCAUCGGUUGCUCCACCGGUGAGCCCCGGCCGCUCAGUGUCAGCUUCCCCCGAGCCCCUGAUGGCUUCUACCGCUCCGACCUAGGCCCGGGAGAGCAGCCGGGAGUCCUGGCUGCGGGCCCCGACGGGGACAUGCUCAGGGUCGGGUCCCUGGACAGCUCCAAGCCGCGCUCGGCCGGGAUCCUUAAGCGGCCGCAGAGCCUGGCCCUGCCUGACGCGCCCGGGACGGGCACCGGUGGCCCCGAGACCAGCAGGAGGAGGAAUGUGACCUUCAGCCAGCAGGUAGCCACCAUCCUGCUGAAUGGCGUGAGGUACGAGAGUGAGCUGCCGGGCUCCGGGGCGCCGGCCGAGCAGCCGCUGUCCCUGCGCCACCUGUGUGCCACCAUCUGCAGCAUGCCCGCCGCUCUGCGCAGCCUCUGCGUCAACCACUUCCUGGGCUGGCUCUCGUUCGAGGGCAUGCUGCUCUUCUACACGGACUUCAUGGGGGAGGUGGUGUUCCAGGGGGACCCCAAGGCCCCGCACACGUCCGAGGAGUACCGAAAGUACAACAGUGGUGUGACCAUGGGCUGCUGGGGCCUGUGCAUCUACGCCUUCAGUGCUGCUUUCUACUCAGCCAUCCUGGAGAAGCUGGAGGAGCACCUCAGCGUGCGCACCCUCUACUUCAUCGCCUACCUGGCCUUCGGCCUGGGCACGGGACUGGCCACGCUGUCGCGGAACGUCUAUGUUGUCCUGUCGCUGUGCAGCACCUACGGGGUGCUCUUCUCCACGCUCUGCACGCUGCCCUACUCCCUGCUCUGCGAAUACUACCAGAGCCGGAAGUUUGCAGGGUCCAGCGCGGAUGGCACCCGGCGGGGCAUGGGCGUGGACAUCUCCCUGCUGAGCUGCCAGUACUUCCUGGCCCAGAUCCUCGUCUCCCUGGUGCUGGGGCCCCUGACCUCAGCCGUGGGCAGCGCCAACGGGGUGAUGUACUUCUCCAGCCUCGUGUCCUUCCUGGGCUGCCUCUACUCCUCGCUCUUCGUCGUCUACGAAAUCCCACCCGGCGAGGCCGACGAGGAGCACCAGCCCCUUCUGCUCAAUGCGUGAGGGUCCUGGGGUCGGGCGUGUGCGAGCACCAAUAAAAGACAGCAGUGAGACCCGCA